CAGAACACACUGCAAUAAUAACCAGACUUCUAACAUCCCCCACUCCUCCCCCCCCGCCAUCUCAUGCAGGUGCCGCUAGCUACAGACUACACGGCCAUCGCGGACCGCGGGCGCGCCCCGGCACUCGCGCCGGUCCGCCGCGAGCUGAGCCGCAUCAUCAACGCGCCGCCGACGCUCAUGCACCCCGAGGACCGGGCCGGGUUCCUCGUCGCCAUCCUCGCCGACUUGGCGCCGGACGGGCUGUGGAUGCACUGGCCUGACGAUGUCCACACGGCCGCCCUCACCGCCGUCAAGGUCCUCGGUCGCAACCCCGUCGGGUCAGAAACCCUCAUCACGCCAGAUCACCUCGCGACGCUCCUGCACCACUCGGGCAUCUCGCCGCGCGUGACGACUGCCCCGCGCGUGCCGCCUUUCUCGCCGCCCGCAAGCGAGGCCAUGCGCGCGCUGGCAAACACGCUCGUGCUGCACCCGCCUGCGCGGCGGCGGUUCGCAGAGAUCGGCGGCGGGCCCGCGAUCGCCCGUGCGCUCGGCACCGCGGAGCACACGCCCGCCAACCUCUUUCUGCUGGGCCGCAUCGGAUUCCUCAUCACCGCCAGCGGCAAGUGUGUGCGCGAAAUGGUCGACAGUGACGGCCUGGUCCCAAAGCUCGUGCAUCACCUCUCGGCCUUGCGUGUGAUGCCAGCAAACUACGACGCCCUGUCCGAGCUCCUAAAGUUUACCGCAAAUGUCCUCCGCUUCUACCCCCAAAAGGUCGAGGGCGACGACGAGCCCCCAUGGGAUGCCAAGCUCGAUCCCCUCCUCGCCCCUAUACUCAGCAUUGUCCACCAAAUACCCUUCAACGACCUGCUCCCACCGCUCACCCACGCCCUCCACGCGCUUAUCUCGAUCCCGCUGACCCCCGAGCUCCUUCCUACGUGGUACGCAACGCCCGGAACCGGCCGACAGGCAUCACAAUCUCGCGACAAGAAGAAGGGCAGCAAGACGGGCAGUCCGCCAUCGGGUGGUUUCUCCGACGGCCAACUGUCGCCCACGCCGUCGGGCUCGUUCCUCAGCUUUAGGGGGCCGACAACGCAUGCAACGCCCACCGCUCAGACGGUCCCACGGCGUCUUCUCGCUAUUCUCAAUGGGUUCGUCGACGCCCAUCUGCCCGGCACGGCCCCACCCGACCCAGAGUUCAUCAUCGACGAAGUGCUGCCCCCGGUGCUGGUGCUCGCGGCGCACACGGCGACGGGAUGUAUCGAGAUGCGGACGUUCUACCGCAGCUCGCUCUUCCCGCGUUCACUUGACAGGUCACCAGAGGCCGGGCCUCUGGAGGCUCGACCGGGAUUGCUUGGCACGCUUCUGCGUCUCAUGAACACGACGCACAGUAUCCACUCGCGAGAUACCGCCGGCGAGUUCCUGUGGGCUGUGUGCAGCGGUGACGCUGGCGAGUUGUGUGAUGAGAUUGGCUACGGCAACGCCGCAGGACUGUUGUAUCGCAAAGGGCUGUCUGGCCCUCCGCCAGCCCGCGUGGUCGAGUUGCCAGAUGAGCAGCCGCGGCCUGUACCUCCCCGUUCGCCCGCUCCGACAGCCCACUCGCCGUCGCCGUCAACAAGCCACUCGCACCACAGCGGUGCGUCGAUCCGCUCGCACGAGCGACGUCACACUGCGGCGUCGGGACACUCGCAGCACACGAUCGCGUCGAGCAACUCGCACGAGCGGCACCCUAUCACCGGCCUCGAAGCGCCAACCGGGGACAGCAACUCGCCAUUCGACGGCAUGACGGACGAGGAGAAGGAGCGUGAAGCGGAGAAGAUGUUUGUGCUGUUUGAGAGGCUAAACCGCAACCCGAUCAUCAAGGCGGGCGCGCCGACGCCCGACGGCGGCACAAAGUCGCUCAAGGAGGCCAUGCAGGACAAGGUGGCCUCGGGCGAGGCGGACCUAUGGGAGGCGGCCGAGGCAGAGCGCGUACGGACUGAAGCGCUCGCCCAGGAGGAAGCAGACGAAGAGGAGGCUGCCAAGGAGAUGGAGGCGUACUUUAAGCGCAAGCACCCGGCGCGAUAGGCCGUGGGUGAGGGGUGUAGGCGCUGGGCACCGCCGUGUGCAGAUCUAGAACUGUGCAGAUGCAUGGUAUUGUGUGCUGGGGGCCGUGAGCGCUGUGUGAGGAUGGACGGCGGGAGGCAGCGUUGGGUGCAGGGGAGCUCCGUUCGUCAGUG